CCGCCGCUGCGCUGCUCCCCGUGCCGGGGCCGAGCGGCGGGCCGUCAUCGCGCGUCCCAGCGCUGCUGCCGCCGCCCGGCCCGGGGCCGCCCCCGGGUGCGCUGCGUCCGCGAGGCCGGAGCGGAGCCCCCCCGGCCGUGCCUCCCCCAGCCGCGCUCCAAGCCCAGCCCCCGCGCGGGAACCAAUCGCCGCUCGUCCGUCUCCAUCCAUCUCCCGGUGUUAAAGCUACAGCGGGGCUCGGGGCGGCGAAAUCCCCCGUGGCUGGGUCCUGCGCGCCGCCCGCCUCCCGCCGCUGCCAGUGUCCGGGCGCGGAGCGGAGCGCAGCGGAGCUGCCGGCCCGACCCGGCCCGUCCGCCUCUUCCCUGCCGCCGGGCUCGGCUGGCUCCCUGCCGCGGCUCCACGCCCGGCGCCCGAGUUGUCCUCUUGUUGUUUCCCUUCUUUCUUUCUUUUAUUUCUCUCCUUUUUUUUUUUAAUUUUUUUUUUCCUUCAACCGGGAAUGCUCAAAGUGGACUGAUGGACAUUUCCGAGCUGUGCAUCUCUGACCCGCUCGGCUACCACAACCAGCUGCUCGGCAGAAUGGCCACGGAGGAGCGGCACCUCUCCUCCAGCUGUGGGUCCUUCAUCAAGACCGAGCCCUCCAGCCCAUCAUCUGGCAUCGACGCCAUCAGCCACCACAGCCCAAGUGGCUCCUCCGAUGCUAGUGGUGGCUACGGCAUUGCCAUGGGUGGCCACCCCAAUGGCCUGGACUCACCGCCCAUGUUCAAUGGCACAGGGAUUGGUGGUGGGUCCUGCCGUAAGCGUUACGAUGACUGUGCCAGUGCCAUCAUGGAAGAUUCACCCACCAAGUGCGAGUACAUGCUUAAUGCGAUCCCCAAGCGGCUGUGCCUAGUGUGUGGGGACAUUGCUUCUGGGUACCAUUACGGUGUGGCUUCCUGUGAGGCAUGCAAAGCCUUCUUCAAGAGGACUAUUCAAGGGAAUAUUGAAUACAGCUGCCCAGCCACCAAUGAAUGUGAGAUCACAAAACGGAGGCGCAAGUCCUGUCAAGCCUGUCGCUUCAUGAAAUGCCUCAAAGUGGGGAUGCUGAAAGAAGGUGUUCGUCUGGAUCGAGUCCGUGGAGGCCGCCAGAAAUACAAGAGAAGACUGGAUUCUGAGAGUAGCACUUACUUGAGCUUACAGAUCCCUCCCCCAGCUAAAAAGCCACUGACUAAGAUCGUCUCCCACUUGCUGGUGGCAGAGCCAGAGAAGAUUUAUGCCAUGCCCGAUCCAACCAUGCCGGAGAGUGACAUCAAAGCCCUGACAACCCUCUGUGACCUGGCAGACAGGGAAUUGGUGGUGAUCAUUGGCUGGGCGAAGCACAUCCCAGGGUUCUCCAAUCUCUCCCUUGGGGACCAGAUGAGCCUCCUGCAGAGCGCCUGGAUGGAAAUCCUCAUCCUGGGCAUUGUGUACCGCUCCCUGCCAUACGAGGACAAGCUCGUCUACGCUGAGGACUACAUCAUGGAUGAAGAACACUCUCGUCUGACGGGGCUGCUCGAGCUCUACCUGGCCAUCCUACAACUGGUGCGCCGCUACAAGAAGCUCAAGGUGGAAAAGGAAGAGUUUGUCACGCUUAAGGCUCUGGCCCUCGCCAAUUCAGACUCUAUGCACAUAGAGGACAUGGAUGCAGUGCAGAAGCUCCAGGACCUUCUCCACGAAGCCCUGCAGGACUACGAGCUGAGUCAGCGCAACGAGGAGCCCCGGCGAGCAGGGAAGCUGCUCCUGACCUUGCCCCUCCUGCGGCAGACAGCCGCCAAAGCUGUGCAGCACUUCUACAGCAUCAAACUGCAGGGCAAGGUUCCCAUGCAUAAACUCUUCCUAGAAAUGCUAGAGGCAAAGGUCUGACAGCCCCGGCGCCAGCCGACAAUGGCCGGGGUACAAACUAGAAACAAAGAUGCAGACAACGACAACGGAGAGAUCCAAACAGCAGCAGCAGCCACCGCCGGCUUUUAUCUCCAAUCAUUUAUUAUGGAAGAAUUAUUUAAUGUCUAUCUGUCGGCGUGACUGCAGAAUCUCAUGUACAGGAGGGGGGAAACUCUUUUAAUCGGUCACCUGUUUCUCUUUUUUUCAUUUGUUUUCUCUGUGGGAAAUAGCAGAAUACGCUCUUGCACCUGUUGAGGCGGUCGCUGGGGCUCAGCCCCUCUGAGCGAUGAUGCUCUCAGCACUGUGCCGGCCGCCCGGUCCCCAGCUUCCUCCACCAGUGCUGGAGGGGGAGUGGGGACUGAAGCAGGAAGAGAUGAAGAAUAGAGUCAAUAUAAACUUUAUCUGCUUGUGUUGUGAGGGGUCAGAUAGAAAGGGAAGCGGCCAGGGUCCUUCGUAUUGUCACCUUUCUGGCUCUAACGAUAGGGCAGACGCUCCUUUGGAGAGGAGCGCUACUGGACCUCUCCUGAUCAAAAUGGCCGCCUCCCAGGCUCCUCUAGCGCCAGCCAACACUUGUACAUACAGGCCCCACUUCUUACCGGGAAAGAUGCUCCUGACUGUGUAAGAUAUUCUGCGACCUUGUACAGCGUGUCAUUACGCCUGGCUAGUCCCUCCCAUGUGCAAUCCCCGCAGGACCCUGAAGAGGCAGAAUGUACGUCCCUGAGAGAAUGCAAGGCUCCUUUCCCAGGUAGUGAGAAAAACAGAUCCUGGUGUAAGCUUUUGUGCUGGGUUGACUCGAUAAUCUCUGCAUCCUCUCCUAUGAUGUGGUGCUAACUACAGUUCUUCCGCACUUUUCACCCUGUAGUAUAUCAAGCCUGCCUCUUCAGUGCAGCUGAGUGCCAUUCCCCACUCGUUCCUUGUGGCAGAGAACACAAGGUUUGUCUGCAUGGUUACCGCCCAAGUAUAAAUACACCCCAAACCAGGGCUUGCCUAGGCUUCAUUCAAGUAAUAGAUCUUUGCCUCCACAGAGACGUAGGCUUAUUGCCAAAUACUAGUUAGGAAUCAAAGGAACCGCUUUUGGGGACACAGCUCCUGAGCCCAAGAGACUGCUUUUUUUUUUUGUUUUUGUUUUUGUGGCAGCCUAGGCAAAUAAGCUUAGAGGUUGGCGUGGAACCCCCAGAUCCAGUAUCCCAACUACUGUCUUCCCCUGCCUCAUCCCAUUAUCCUCAACAGAGCAAAAAAAGCUAGCAUGGAUUAUCCCUGGACCUGGUAAGAGGUUCUCUGAUGGAAGAAGACCUGACCUCAAGGUGGUCAGAGAAGAAGUGGUGGAACGCUUAUUUGCUCAUGGCACUAGGUUUCUACUGAGUCUGAGCCUUAGUUCAGCUCAGCUGGCUAAAUCACAACUGCUGCAUUCCCAGUAUUCAGAGGGGAAUUUGGGUGGCUUGGAAAAACUGUGCUUGUUGGCAUGCUCUGAGAUUUUAUUUGCUUUGACACCUUGGUCUGAGCCAGCCUGAGCUGGUGAGAGAAUGUGUUGUCUGUUUGGUGGUGAGUGGCAUGACAGCAGAAGUGAGGAGAAGCCUCUGAUCUGUAUUGAAGGCACCACUGCCUCCGCUGCCUCUGUUCAACUUAGGCUUCCAUUCCUGGAUAACCUGCACAGGAAGCCUUCCAAGCUGUGGUUAAGAAGUGUGAUCAGCGAGAUACUGGGUGCUUGUUCUCUACUGCAACAGAACGUGUAUGUCCCUGUGCAGGGUUCGCAGUGCAAAGCUCAGGCUAGCUCAGAAACUGAGGAAGCUCGCUGCUACUGAGCUCUCAGCUCGUGUAGCCAGCCCUCUGCUGGUCCUUUAGGUAGUUCAGUUCCAUCUCCUCUGAGUUCUCCGUACACUAUACAGCCAUAGCUACUCACCCAUUCUGUAUUCACCGCAUAAAGGAAGUCAGUCUUGCUUCAGGUAUAUUAGUAAGCCAGCAGAGACCCAAGAGACAGAAGGCACGUGGGAGCUGGGAUUGUUUCCAUGCUCAAAGCAGCAGCAAUUACACCGUGGCCUUGUGCUUUGAACAGAUACCUGUGCUUCUCUUCACCUUCUCCUUCCCAGAGAGAGCUGGGGAGAAAACGAUAGCUUUUGGUUGCGCUUACAAUCUCUGUAUCUAUCUGUGAAUGAGAGGGACCAAACUGAAAUGCAAGCCUUCACUAGAGCCAGUUUGCUGUGUGUUGCAGCCUGGCAACUCUUUCUGGCUGUGGCAUGAAUACUUUCACACAUUCGCUGUGCUGUUGCCUCUAAGCAGGACUCUCUUGACCACUGUUGCUUCUCUGCUGAGUCCCACUCAGCCCAGCUGCAGCACACUGUGUUCCAGCCUGCCUCACAGCUGUCCCAAAGUGGGCUGAAAAGAUCCUAAGAAGCAAGUCUUACUCUGCUGGGCUCUGGCUGGGAAGGUCA